AUGUCGUACCCUCCCCCUCCAGGCACGAGCUCGCUCCCCGCGCGACCACCGCCCAGCAAAGGCGGCUUCAGGCCGGCCUUCACGCCCUCGAGCGUGCAGAAGAACCAGCGGCCCACAGCGGCGGCGCCGGUAACCUACGCGUCGUACCCUCACCGAGCCGCCCCCGGCGCGCAGCAACCCCAGUAUGGCGCCGGGUCAUCAUCGUCAUCCCACUACGGCGCCGCCGCCGCCCCCGGCGUGAGCGCGCCGCCGUCGUACUCGUACGGUGCGGCGCAGCAGACAGCUGGCGCGCAUCAGAGCUACGGGCAGCAAGCCUACGGACAACAUCAACAACAGCAGCAACAACAACAACAACAAGCUUACGGCGCCGCCGCCGCCUCCGCGCCGCAGAUUAGAAACCCCUUCCCUCAGCCCGGCACCACUGCAGCCACGACCGCCGGAACCGCGACCGCUGGCGGCCCCGGCGGUGCCGCCGCCGCCGGCCAGUACGACGCCGAGAUGGCCGCGCAGAUCGCGCAGUGGCAGAGCGCCUACAUGCCACGCGACCCCAACGCCACGGACGCCAAGGGCAACCCGAUCGAGCCGGCCGCCGGCAUCCGGGCCCCCGAGGUCCCCGCCGCGCGGGCGGCCAACCCGGACAAGACGGUCGUCCGCCACGGCGGCGGCAAGAAGUGGACCGACGAGACGCUGGUCGACUGGGACCCGGCGCACCUGCGGCUGUUCGUCGGCAACCUGGGCGGCGAGACGACCGACGACGCGCUGCUCAAGGCGUUCGCGCGCUGGCCGUCGGUCCAGAAGGCGCGCGUCAUCCGCGACAAGCGCACCAGCAAGUCCAAGGGCUACGGCUUCGUCAGCUUCAGCGACGCGGACGACUUCUUCCAGGCCGCCAAGGAGAUGAACAACAAGUACAUCCAGAACCGCCCCGUCGUGGUCCGCAAGGCCAACACGGAGAUCAAGGUCACCAACGUCAAGGACAAGAACCGGGGCGGCAACAAGAACAAAAACAAGAGCGGGUCGGGCGGCCACGGCAACGGCCACCAGGGGUACGAGGCCAACUUGGGGGCGAAGUCGGCGGCCGGCGUCAUCAAGCCUGGCCAGAAGACUAAGAACGGUCUGCGGUUACUGGGAUGA